ACGGAAAAAAACACAUACUGAAACUUUUUAGUCCCUGUGUAAUAAGCAUAUAGAUAAAUUAGCAUUAGAUAUGUUAAGUACUUUCCCAAAUGAAAUUAUGCAUGAAAGUUAUGUAGAGGAAGUUACCCAACCACAAUUGUGCACAAGUGAAGAUAAAAAUUGUUCAGAAGAGUUAAAAUUGCCGAUUUCAAAUAAAAAUAAUGGAAACAUGCUACAUAGUAUUGAAGCACUUGAUAAAGAUAUUUUAAAAAUUGAAUCAACUUUAUUAAUGCUAAAGAAAAAUGAAAAUGAGAUAUUAGAAACUUUGCAGUGUCUUCGUGUUAAAUUGCAAGCGGUUAAAGAAAAAAAAAAGGAAAAAUCAUUUAUUGAAAAAGAUCUUAGUUCAAAAAGUGAACUUCAUUUAAAACUACUUGAGCGGUUUUCUUAUAGAGAUGUGGACACAAUCAAACGGAUUUACAGUGAAAAUCAGGCAAAAGCAGCAGCUUCUCAUGGUUUAAAGUUUUUUAAUAAAGAUAUGGAACAAUAUACGCUGCCACUCUACAAUAAUCCAUCUGAUCUUCCACAAUAUCAACAUAAUAUAAAAAGUUUUCAAAAUUUUCGUCCAAGAUUGCUCAGAUUUCUUCAAAGAAAAAAAAUUGCAGAAAACAAAAUGCUUGCUUUAUCAGAGCAAAGUUAUGCAGACACAAAAAAAAAUUGGUUAAAAAAAGUAGACAAGCUCGAAAACAAUCAGAAAAGAAGGCAAAAAGUGCAACGAGUUCGUCAGUUUUAUGAAAAAGAAUUUCCUGAAAUCAAGAAGUUACGAGAACAGCAAGAAAGAAUUGAUAGGCUUGGUUCACGUGCUGUAGGAGCAGGAUAUGUGCGAAGUGAGGCUGAAAUUGAAGAAAUUACAGAAAUAAAUGCAAAUAAGAAUCUUGUUAGAUUGCUUUCUAUUCAAACUCCAAAGUUAUUAAAUAACUAUGAAAGGCGUUUUCGUUUUCUAAAUUAUAAUUCAUUAAUACAAGAUGUAGAUGAGUUUGAGAUCCAGAGGAAAUCAGCUAUUUUAUGGAGUGAUAAAGAGAAACAGAUAUUUAGAGAAAAAUUCACUCAGUUUCCAAAGGAUUUUGAAAAAAUUGCUUCUUUUUUGGAGCAGAAGAAAUGUGCUGAUUGUGUUCUUUUCUAUUACCAAAAUAAAAAGAAAGAGGGCUUUAAAUCGUCCAAAUUAAAAUCAAAAAAAAAAGGGAAACUCAAUAGAAGUGAAAAUAAAAUAACAUUACGAAUGGAAAAGUCUAAACCAAGCAAGUCAGAAAGAGAAGAUGAUGAUGAGGGGAAUGAAUCUGCAGCAAGUGAUGAAGAAAAUUUAGAAUCCUGUCAAUUAAAACAAGUAUCAACAAGUAAUUCUGAUCUUGUCAUGAUAAAAAAACCUUGUACAUUAACAACAUGCACAAUUGAGAGUUCAACUAAAACAACAACAGUAAUUCCAGAUGCACUUAACUGUGAAGCCCAAGGUUUAGAGAAUAAAUCAAUUGCUGAGAAUAAAUCAGUUUGCGAAAAACCAAAGAAAAUGAUUUUUCUUAAUGAUGCAUCCAAAGAACUCAAAAGUCCUCAACCUUUAGUUAAAGUCUUUAACACUCGCUCGGGAAAACUUUCAAAGAAAACGGCAAAAUUAUCACUCAUGUUAGAAGAUUCUUUUGAAGCUACGCCUAGUGAAGUUCCCAAUCCUCCUUUAAAAAUUACUAUUUCUGUAACUUCUCCUUCAUGUAUUGAUGUUGGCAAUCCAGCUUUACCAUCUUGCAGUAUUGUAUCUGAAACUGUAACUGCUGCAUUAGUACUUAAUAAUCCAGAUGAUGUUCCAGUUGAAAAUUCUGUCAUAAAGGUUGAAGAUUUAAUCAGGCAACAUUUUAGCACGAUGCCAGAGCAUAGUGAUCCAUCUCGUUGGUCCGAGCAAGAAAUGUUGAAAGCUGUAGAAGGUUUAAAGAAAUAUGGUAGAAGUUGGCCAUUAAUUGCAAAAAUUGUUGAGAGUAAAUCAGAAGGCCAGUGCAAAAACUUUUAUUUUAACUACAAAAAAAAAUUCAACUUGGACAAGAUAUUAGGGAUAUAUAAGCUGAAAGAUGAUUCAAUUUGUUUAGAAGAGGAAGGGAAUGAUGAUGACUCAAAAACACAUUUUUUUGAAUUUAAAAAAAUCGAUGACCAUAAUAAAGUUUAUAAAAAGACAUCAAAAAUUUAUGAGGAAAAUAGUCAUUUUCAAUCAGAAACAUAUGCUUCUGAAAAUAUAUUUGGAGAAGAUAGCGUUAUCAGGGAAUCAAUACACCAUCAGUCUGAAAAUCAAAAGUUUAUAGAUAAUUCUAUUAAGAAUGUUCAUAUAAUUAAUGCUACAACAGAAGAUAGACCCGAUGAAAGCAAAGUUUCAGAUAUCUCAUCAAAACCUGCAAUAUUGCAACCACCACCUUUGGCACUGACUCCAUCAGAAGAUACUGGUAUUGAGUCAGUACUAGUAUUGAAAAAUGAAGAGCUAUCAAAUAAUCACCUGUCCAGCACAUCACUAGAAAAUCUAAAUAAACAAGAAAAUUUUAAAGGGGAUUCAAACUAUUUUUAUAACUACCAUUCUUAUAUUAAAGAAGAGCAACUUUCUCAUAAGCAGCCGACUUCAGAAAGUUCUCCAAACCACUCAAUAGUUCAUCCAUUUAAUAUGCUACAACAAAAGCAUGCUGAGCAAACUUGUCAUCAAAAUUUGUCUUAUCAGUAUAAACAAAAUGAUUCAUUUCAGCUGUCACCAAAUUAUUUUUUUUCAAAUAACCGUGGUAAUUCUAUUUUUUCUCAUAAACAUAUUGCCCUAAACAGUCCAAAUAAAUCUGCUUCAGAUUUUUGCGAAAUGCAUAAACAUGUUUCACCUGAUGCACUUAGGCAACCAAGUUCUUUUUUUCAAAAAGAAUCUCUGCAAAACCAAGAAACCCAAUUAUCUGCUCCACGACAAAAUACCUUCUCUACUUUCAUGACACAUCAUCAUGGUGCAGGUGUAGUUGAUCAAAAAUCUGCUAUUAAUGCGUUUACAUCUAGAUUUCCUGGAUAUAUGUCAUCAUUACAGCUACACGGUGUCUCUUCUGAUACGCCUUUUGCAAGAUUUCGUUUACCACUUUCUCCCUCAGAUAACACUUCUCGAAUGUCAAGCCCAUUAAGUUCACAGUUUCCUCAAGUUUUAUCACCUAUGAUUAAUUUGAACCGCUCCACUCAAAUGCAACAUCCGCUGCAACACUCGCCAAUGCAACACUCACCAGUGCAAUUAUUUUUUAAUCCAUAUAGUUUAGAAGACUCACAAAAACAACAUGAUGUUGACUUGAUUCAUUGUCAGCGUGAUCGCGAGUUUGAUUUAGAUGCAAGAUGCAAACCGGAUUUAAUUCUGAAAAGAGAUAUUCAAUCUGAGGUAUCGCAUAAAUUAAGAGAUAUUCAAUCUGAGGUAUCGCAUAAAUUAAAUGAAGAAUCUCAAAAAUCUAUGCAUAGUUUUAGAAUGAAGGACAUUGAUGAGCAAUCUCGCCUACACAUGAAUCACAGUUUGUAUGAUCGCAAAAGAUCUGGAGACAUUAAUUUAAAUCAGCACCACUACCAGAUCGAGAAUGUUGAUUAUCAUCACAAAGAUUCUAUAAAAGAUUCAGAUGAAUUUCUUCGUCACCUGCCGUAUCAACCUAGAUCAAAAACUGAACGAAUUGAACGUUCUGCUUUUAUCCCAGAAUUACAAAGACAUUCUUUAAAAUCUAGGGAACCCCAUGGCUUUAAAGCUGACAGGCGUAAGUUUUCAGAACCAAGUGUUGACAGUUCUUCAAGAUAUGUAUUCUUAAAUGAUCGGAAGUUGUUUGAAAAUCAGCACCAAAGAAUAAAAGAUGAGUACUCAAGUGUUAAAAAUCAUACUUUUGGUAUUCAGAACUUAUCAUCUGAUGCGUUACCGCGAUCUUGUACUGAUGGCAUGGUCGGAAAUAUUGACGAGAAAAAAGGAAGCAGCAUAGAAAUAAGCGGAAAUAGAGCAUUUAAUUUAUCUUUAGCAGCGACUAUGGCAGCAGAAAGUCCAACAAAAUUUCACAGCAAUGCAAAAUCUCUCCAUAAAAGUCAUACCUACCCGUCAUUGAACCGGAAUCAAAUGCCACCUUUUUUGCAUCGACAAGCCACUCCACCUGUAGUGGGGUUUAUAGGUCCAGGAGUUUUAAGAGAAAAUGAAGUUGGGAAUAUAAAACAAAAUGCUGCAAAGAUAGUGCGUCCUUGGGAAAUGAAUUCAGAUAUAUCUCAACGAAAUGAAAUAAAUAACACUUCUAUAUCUAAUCAAAAUCUUUCUCCUCGUGUGAAUAUAAAUGCUGUCAAUUUACAGAAUAGUUACUCGUUAUUAGCAAAUAAUGAACUUUCGGAUAAUAGUUUCUUGAUGAAUAAUAGAUUUUUUCAACCAUUUGAUUCCCAGAAAGAAAUGCAGUCAACAAAUAAAUCUUUCAAAUCAUCUCCAACUGUAGGAGUUGAUUGUACAGUGAACAUGUUAGGAAAAAAAGAACAUAGACAGACUCCAAAUGAAUUAAAUUGUCCAGUUAUUCAGUUGGCACCUACAUCCGUUAAGUUUAAAGAACAAAUAAUUUCGUUUGCUCAAUAUAAUAGUCCAACUCCUCAGUCAUUUCCAAAGUUUCCUUUUAACGAUAGUUCAGAAAUAAACGUAAAUUUUCCAACGAAUAAACACCUUAUAAGCCAAUCUGUUUGUUCCACUGACCUAACAAUUCCUGAUAAAAAUGUCUCUUCAUUGAAUCUUUCUCAAUCAGAACAGCAUUCCUACAGAAAAUCUCUAAUUUCAAAUGAAGAUAAACCUGCGUUUGAAUCUCCUCAAAAUGAACAUAUUUCUCGUUUAAGAAGUGACUCAGAGGAAACGGUUUCGUCGGAUGAACUUGAUAAGGGUGUAAGUCAAGAAUGUCUUGAACCCUCGCUGUUAAUACAAAGACUUUUAAAUAAAAAUGACGAUGAGUUUCAAAAUGUAGAGCCAGAUGGUAAAUCUUUAUCUGUUACAAGUAAAACACGAAAUAGAACGGCAGACAAUUUAAAAUUAAACACAGGCUCACAAGAAAUACUGUCCGUUCGAGACGAUGUUAUGAAGGAUUGCGCAAGUUUCCACGAACCAAAACAUUUAACCGAGCUAAUGGCUUCAAAUAAUACUACUGAAAAUAUAGAAAUUAAAAAACAAACAACAUGUUCCGCUAAUAGUUUUCGAUUUUCUGAAAAAGAAGCGUUACUUGAUAAUAAAAUUUGUGUGGUAGAUAAAACCGAAAGCCCGCACACCGUUUAUCGGUACGAAACGUCCAAAAAAAUGGACAAAUCAUUUUCGUCAGAAAAUUUCGAUAAACCAAAAAUGAAACGUUGUGAUUCACCAGACAUAUAUGAUGAUUUGAAAGUGCAUAACUAUGAGGAACAACGAGCCGAGUCACCAAUGGAUCUGUACAUUGCCGAAAAUCUACAACCUCGCGAAACUGCAAUUUUUGUGAAAAAAUCCCCAAAAACUGAUGAUCUUUUUUAUAUAUUAUCCCAGGAUAUUCUUGUAAAAGAAAAUAACGUUGAAGGUUCUAAAGAGUCUUUUUUAGAGGCACACAUUGAAAAUAAUCAGGAGUUGAAUAAUGGAGAUAAAGAAAUUGAAGUUAUUAAUUCUAAAAUUGAAACGGAUUCUAACAAAAGCCACCGCAGCGAUGCAAAUACUCCGGUUAUGGAUGAACCAAUCAAUGAUACAAGUGACCCAUUAUCGAUAAAUAACGAAAGUUGCAUUGCGUCGUUACCCUGCGCUAGUCCUUCGACUCCCGAAGCUCAUACACCGUUACUUGAUGAGCCAGCUUAUAGUUUUGAACAGACAGAAGAAUUAUCUACUCAUUUUAGUGGAAGUAGUUUUGAAAAAUUUAUGACUUCCUCUGCAACCACUUCAUCGCAUAGCCUGAAAUCAGAAGUUGCAGCCGAGAAUACUUCAUCCUCGUUAUUCAUGAGAUCGGAUAAGUACACCCAUCCUAAGAAUGAUACUGCUCAGAAAGAUGGUGUUUUUGAAUCUAUUUCUCCUCCUUGCUCUCCUGGGCGUGUAUCUUGCCAAAAUUUUCCACUUUCAAACAGCUCUAUUAUUGCUUUUCCGUUUUCAGCAUUAGCAUUUAAUGUUAAUAGUUCGAGACCUGGUUCACGAUCAAGUAUACACUCUCCUCUACCCAUAGAAGGCACAUCUCCUCGAGUUGAUGACUAUAAAUCAAAACAAAGAAGAGAUUCUCAUGAUUUAGAAAAUAAAGAGUUUGAUCAGACAAGUAACCAACAACAUCAGACAAGUAACCAACAUUUUGAAGGAAAAAAGUUGUUACAAAGGACUUAUCAACGAUCCAUGUCUCAAAGCUCGUCAAAUAAUAGUUCAAAAUCUCCUGAAUACGAAUACAAAUCAAAAAACAAACAAUCUGGUAAAUUUUCCCAUUCAGUUGGCAAACGUCCUUUUCAUGAACGAAGGUAUGAUCAAGUAAGAUCAUACAAACGACAUUCUCGGUCACCUGAAAACGAAAGAAACAAACGAAUAAGAAAAUAAAUUUGAAAAAAUGUUGUGGAUUUAAAAUAUACCGAGUGAUUGAAUAAUAAUUGUUUUUGUUU